GGAAAAGUGAUAAAAAAAAGUCGGAUUUUUGAAUUUUUGAGCAAUCGUCGUGUUUCGUUUCAUUCAUUCGUGUUCUGUUAUCACAAACAAAAAAGGUUAGAAAAUGAUAAGAAUUGAAACAUGUGCGUGCUGGAUAGUUUCAAGUUUCAAUGGAAUUCGAUAUUCAAAAUCAAAUUGAAAUUACUUCAAUUUUCAAGUAUCUGAACAAGUGUAGAACUGUUGAUCUAUGUUUUGAAGUUGUCGAAUAUUGAAAAAUUUGUAAUGGAUAGCUCAGCAUCAUCAGUAUCAUCAGCGUCAGACGACGAAAAAUCGGACGCAUGGAUCGAAAGCUACGAUUCGUACAGCGAAGAAGACGAAUUCGAAAAUGAAGUACUCGGCGAUAAUUUUUUGGAUUCUAAAACCGACAGUAAAAACAAAUCAUCGUCCGAUAACGACGACGAUGAAAACGACAACGACAACGACAACGCUUCCGAUAGCGAAGGAAACGAUGAAGGAGAUAUGUUGAAUGUACAAAAUAAAUUGAAAUCGAAUCCCGGAUGGGCAGACGCCAUGGCUAAAAUUUUGAGAAGCAAGAAAUCCCUUAAUAAGAAAACCAUCGUAUUAUCCAAAGCUAAAAAGAUUAAAGACGUAAAACCAAAAAAAGUCGAGCUCGACUUCGAAAUCGUUGGCGCGGAAAACGAGGAAAAUGAAAAGCCAAAUGUAGACGAAUUGGAUGAUAAAAAAAACAUAUUCAGCAGAAAAUCAACGAUAAAAGAAUGUGAAACAAGAGGCAGAGUUAAACCUUCCAUAUUGGAUAAAGAUCGUGAACGUACUUUAAUGAAAAUUGCCACGAAAGGCGUCGUACAGUUGUUUAACGCAGUGAGGCAACAACAAAAGACAGUGGAGAAGACGAUCAAAAAAGCCGGUAAAUCGGAAUUGAAACGUGAACGAAUGUUGGAGUCAAUUGAUAAGAAAAAGUUCCUCGAUGUUCUAGCUGGUUCAGUUAAAAGCACACCCAUUGAUAACGAAAUUAAAUCGGAAGAGAUCCCUAGUAAACAAAAAUGCAUGUGGGGUGUACUCAGAGACGAUUUUAUGAUGGGUGCAAAUCUCAAAGACUGGGAUAAACAGGAAUGAAGCUCGUGAAAUUCUCCAAACUCAAAAUGUGCUCGAUAAUGUGAUAUUUCCUUUACAUUGUUUCUGAAGCUACCGUUUAUUUUGUAAGAUUUGCGAAUUUGUGAAGCGUUUCAUUCGGUAGAUCACAUCUUACCAAUUCGUGAACUGAAAUGUUGAGUUGAUUUGAAGGUGUGAGAUUGAUUUUAAUAGAAAGGUUGUAUUGUCAAAGAAUGCAAUGGUAAAUUGGUAUGAUUGUAUUGCGUUUUUUUUCUUAGACAGAAGUUCAGGCUUAAAAUUUGUUGUUUGGUCUCAGAAAGUGGUAUUAAGAUCAGUAGUCAAGUUCAAGUAUUGAUAUUGAUAUUGAAUUUAUUUUGUAUGAUGUGUUUCCUACAGCUUCGUGUUUCUAUCUGUCUGAAAUCUCACCAGGUAGUUGAAAUGUAUUAGUCGCUAAUUCUUAAAAUAAUACGGUCAAUUCAUUUUGCGUUUUGAAAAAUUAUAAUUAUAUAUUUUUUUUAAAAUGCUGAUUCAUUAUCAAUUACUUACCUAUAUUUAAUUUUUUAACAAUCUACUUUAUGAUCUGUAUGAAUUAUUUUUUUUAAUAAAAUACGUAGUUCCUCACA